UACUGCGCAUGCGUCACAGCCUUACCUGCUGCGCCAGUCCGUCUCGUGCAAGCAUUCAUUGGCGGACAAAUUUUUAACUUGCGUCCAAUCAGAUGUCUCGGUGGGCGGGGCUUCAGGAGCGCGUCUCCAGGCCAGAAGAGUGUGUGUGCUUUUUUUGGUUUGAUCAGAGCAGAAGGGUGUGAGCUAAAGCCCCAUGACUCUUAGUACCCCAUUACCCACCAUCCCUUUCUCCUGAUUGGUGUGCCAAUCAAAACCCUACAAAACAUUCGAUCUCACCACCUUCUCUUCCUCCUCGAUUCCUGCCUCCCCCCAUCCUCUGAUCUCCAACAUGGCUGCUGUCACCGCAGCAGCAGGAGCCCCUUCCGUACCGUGUCCCAAUUAUACAGUUGGGUUUUUCUACAACAACUCUGGGAAAGUUAUCCCAGCAGAGUGGCGAGCAAAGGACUAUUGUGUGGUGAUUCUGGGACUGAUCGUGUGUAGCAUGGUUAUCAUAAUGAACAUUCUGGUUAUGGUAGCGAUCUUUAUAAACCGACGCUUCCAUUACCCCAUCUACUACCUGCUGGGGAACCUGGCGGCCGCCGACCUGUUCGCCGGGAUCGCCUACAUGCACCUGAUGUUCCACACUGGGCCCUGGACUAUAAACCUGGAUGUGUACCACUGGUUCAUCAGACAGGGUCUGAUCGAUACGAGUCUGACUGCAUCGGUCAUUAACCUGAUGGCCAUCGCUCUAGAGAGACAUCAGACCAUCUUCACCAUGCAGCUCCACAGUAACAUGACCAACUUUCGGGUGAUCCUACUGAUUGUGGGCAUCUGGACGGUCGCUGUGAUCAUGGGUCUGAUCCCCAGCAUGGGCUGGAACUGCCUGUGUGACCUAAGUAACUGCUCCAAGAUGGCGCCCAUGUACAGCCGCAGCUACCUGGUGUUCUGGGCCGUGCUGAACCUGCUGUCCUUCAGCGUCAUGGUGCUGGUCUAUACCCGCAUCUUCAUCUACGUCCGGCACAAGAGCCAGCGUAUGAGUCAGCAUACAGUGCAGUCCAAACACAAAGAGACCGUGGAGAACCUGAUGAGGACCGUCUUCGUCAUUCUGGGGUGCUUUGUGGUGUGCUGGACUCCAGGUCUGGUGCUGCUGCUGCUGGAUGGUGUGAAAUGUAACUGCGGCGUGCUCAAAGUGGAGAAGUUCUUCUUGGUCCUGGCCGAGUUAAACUCCAUGAUGAACCCCAUCAUCUACUCGUACCGUGACCAGGACAUGCGGCGCACGUUUAAGCGCAUCCUCUGCUGUCUGUGUCGCCGGCGUGGACGGUCAGGCCAGCAUCCUGACGUCCGCUUCAACACGCUCAACCAAGAGGUACUGACCGACUCCAACGGAUCCGACAUCACGCACCAGCACGAGCUCAGAACCACCUCAAGACGCUGAAGGGCUUUAAUCACGUCACAGUGUAAUGGCUUUAACACACAGAAUAGCUUUAUCAUAAGAAUGUUAAUGUAGCGAGAUUUAGCGAGUUUAACGUCACCUCACCUGGAAAACAAGCAGUUCACUCAAUCUUUAUUGUUUUUAAACUUAAUAUCAGCCUUUAAAGCUUUCUAUAGAACAUCCUGAUGGCACUGAAAAAAAAACCUGCAUUUAUAAGAAAACACCUUCAUGUCAGAAAUGCUAAUGUUGUGUUAGAGUUCAAUGUCGAAAGUCCAACAAGCCCAUAAUGUUAAACCGGUCAUAGGUCCUUAAAGUAAAGGAAGCUUGCGUCAUCGCCCUUGUGGUCACAAACCGUGACGGGAUUUAGCCGCGUUAAAGCUUUUAUAUUUUUAUAAGCACCGAAGCGGCACAUUGACCUCAAACUCACCCUCAUCAUAAGGAAACUCAACACGUGCAACAAACCCAUCAAGAUAAAUGUUUUAACUGGUUAAAACCUAGACAGAAAAUUCUGCUUAGUUUGUUAAUCAUCUGUAAUCUAGAAGCUGGAAACGAACCGGACGACCACACCGACAUUUAACACGAGAGUUUCACGUUACGUUCAGUAUAAUGGGAGCUAAAUCUGGGUUAAGAUUAACUACACCAGCGCUGGUGUCCAGUCUUACCCACCAAGGGCAGGUGUGGGUGCAGGUUUUUAUACCAACCAAGCAGAAGCCACUCCUGAUUCCACCUGUUUCAUCAGUUGCUUUUAGUAUAGACUCAGGCGUGGCUUCUGAUUGGUCGGAACGAGAACCUGCACCAUACCGACUGGACACCGCUGAACUACAUCAUGCUUUAGCAGCUUCACCGCACACACACACACACACACAUCGAUGUAACGUCUAAAACGAACGGCACCUCGAGAGGCUAACGAUCCUGUCGUAGUUCCUUAAGCAUUCCAGCAGCAGAAUAAACACACAGCUUCCUGUGGGAAAGUGCAGAGGAAAGAUUCCUUAAAACUGGGAGUGAGUGUAGAAUUCCCUUUAAGUGUUUGUCUGUUUGUCCUCAGACCCACAACGUCCCCUCUGUAUGUACUCUGAGGACAUUUCGUGUGUUAAUAUAAAGACCGUCACUGUCUCACCUACACGUGGCCUUUUCAUUCGUUCUGCUCGUCUUUUAUUACCAGCAUUUGUGUGAUUUAUUUUUUUUUUCUUUUCUUUUCUCCUUCUUUUUUUUCUUGUGACCAUUUUACUAUCUAGAGAAGACCAGCAGAGUCCCCGGUGAUGUAGCGUGUUAAUUAAGCCGUGUCUCGUCCUCGUGAGGGUGACGAUCAGUCUCGUCUGUACAUUAUUGUGCUGUUUUCACCCCUUUUUUCCUGUUUUUUUAUUUUAUUUAUUUUAUUUGUUUUAUUUUUGCCUUCGUCCUUUAAAAAUGUACUCGUGCUAAUUUGCCCUUUACUUUGAUGACUGUGUAGUUUUGUGAACACCACGUGUGUGAAUGUUGUACGUGUGGUCGGUGUCUUUAACACCAGUGAUGUUCUUCACUCUCCUGCCCUGGUGUCAUGACUCUGUCCUGUCGUUAGUCCUGUCCCUGUGACAGAGCAUGAGUUUGAACACUUUACUGUAUGGGACAGAAUCCUUCAGUCUCUUCUCCACCUGGUUAUGUUGGGCAGAUUUCCAUCCGUCCCCGAGUGGGUCACAGUGUGUGUACACUAAUCACAUAAAUAUUUACACAUCCCUCCUUCAGCGUAGGAGUGGAAACGUGUUCGGUGUCUCACACACACACACACACACACACACACACACACACACACACACUGAUGUCAGGUCCCUGUUUGUGGCCUGCACAUGUUCGAUAAGAUUUCUUCAUCAGUUCUUGUCCUGUCAGGAAGUGAGAUUGUUGUCAUUAAGAUGAUUUUCGUUCUAAACAAAUCCACACACAUGAUUAAAUGUGCUGCAUGACGUGUCUAAGGUCACCAGAGACACUGCAGUGUACGGAAUGUCUUACUUCCUGCAGCAGCGUUUUUUGUUUCCUGUUCUGAUUUAUAACCUUCUACAAGAUUUAAAAACAAGAGGUUGUCUGCGUGUGCGUGCGUGUGCGUGCGUGUGUCGGCGUGUGUGUGUGUGUGCGUGCGUGUGUCGGCGUGCGUGUGUCGGCGUGUGUGUGUGUGCGUGCGUGUGUCUGCGUGUGUCGGCGUGUGUUGGCGUGCGUGCGUGCGUGCGCGCGGUCAAGAUGAAAAAAAAAGGUUACUACUUUUAUGCUGAUAGAAAUGCAGCUCAUUUUAAAAGGCGAAUAUUAAGCAGAGUAACAGACAGGACGAUGUUUUAUGAGCCCAAACUUGUCAUGAUAAACCAGUGCUGUGUGUGUAGUGUGUGUAGUGUGUGUAGUGUGUGUGUAAUGCAGAUCUAUCUGAGCUUUAGGAUCACUCGUGUUUUUUCACCCAUGAUGUUUAUCAGAGGAUCUCCAUUGCUGCAAUGUUUGUGUCUGUGUUGCUUUGUGGGCUCCAAGCUGUAUAACAUUAAAAGCUUUAAAACCUUCA